AUGGAGGCCCUCGACAAUUACCUCAUCACCCACUUCGACGGCCACGCCGUGCAGACUUGGCUGGCGAACAAUGUGGACAUCGGUGUGUACAUCGCUGCCGCCUACCUGACCUUCGUCUUCAAGGGUCCGCAGCUGGUGGACUUUAUCUUCUCUGGUAACCCACCGUCGAAGCUAAUCAAGAUGUGCUGGAGUCUGUGGAACGUCGGUCUCGCCGUCUUCUCGAUGUACGGCGUGUACCACACUAUUCCCCUCUUCAUCAACAACCUGCGCAGGUACGGCCAGAAAGAUACACUGUGCCGCUUCCGCGAGGACGAGUUCUUCACUGGCAAGCACGGUGUUGCCAUGGGGCUCUUCUCCCUUUCGAAGCUGCCCGAGUUCGGCGAUACCUUCUUCCUCAUCAUGGGCGGCAAGCGCAAGCUCCCGUUCCUCUCCUGGUUCCACCACGUCACCAUCUUCCUCUACGCAUGGAUGGCAUACCAGCAGGCCUCCAGCAUCUGGAUCGUGCUGGCCUCCAUCAACUACUUUGUGCACUCCAUCAUGUACACGUACUUCGCCCUCGCCGAAGCCGGCUUCAAGAGCCUCGUGAAGCCGUUCGCCAUGUACAUCACGCUGCUGCAGAUCACGCAGAUGGUGGUGGGCCUUUACUUCACAGUCUCCUUCAUAGUUCACCACAAGGCGGAUCCGCAGGGCUGCAACGGCUCAACGAUGGCGCUGGCGCGUGGCCAGUGCAUGAUCUACAUCUUCAACUUUUACCUCUUCUCAGAGAUGUUUGUGAAGGGGUACGUGCUGCCACGCAAGGCGCCGGCUGGCGAGGCAACGGCCGUUACCGCCCCCGCUAGUAAGAAGCACCACUAA